AAGUAGGAGGAGGUACGUAUUGCCUAUAGGCGGAGGGGUGGUGGCGGAUGAGUCGAACAUGGAAGGAUCCGAGCCGUCUGCCCAAUUUAAUGGAAGCUUCCAAGCGCAACCGCCGAAUCCUCCUCCAUCUUCGGCCAGCAUAGCUCCUGCCUGGCCACCCCCAGGUUUGCUCUCGCGGCUCUUCCCUCACCGGUGCGCCGCACCGUCCACCGCCCGCCGGAGUCGCCGUCGUCGCCGCCGAGAAGAGGGACGCAGCUGCCGUGCGCGGCCGAGUGGAUGUGGUGUGAGGCGGUGAGGUGGAGGGAACACGGGGAGCUGGGCGCACGGCGCUUCGAGACCGCCGCCCGGGCGCGCCGCACCGCCUCGCUCGCGCUCUCCAACCGCAAGGAGUUCACCACCCCGCACAACGGCGCCAUCAACUCCCUCCAGGUUGAUUUGACAGAGCGGCGGUACCUACUCGCUGGCGCAUCGGAUGGAUCAGCCGCUAUAUUCGAUGUGCAGAAUGCAACCGAAUACGAAGCCGGGUUCAUUGCCAAGCACAGGAGCAUUCUGCUUGUGGACAAGCAGCAUGAAAAUGGCCACAAGUUCGUGGUAUCGAUGGCCGUAUGGUAUCCUGUGGACACUGGGCUGUUCGUGACAGCUUCUUUUGAUCAGUAUGUCAAAGUGUGGGAUACUAAUUCGACUCAAGUCGUAAUGGAUUUUAAGAUGCCUGGAAAAGUGUAUAGCGCAGCAAUGUCCCCAAUUGCAACAACACAUAUGCUGAUCGCUACUGGAAGUGCGGAUGUUCAGGUCCAUUUAUGUGACAUUGCUUCUGGAGCCUUUACCCACACGUUGUCCGGUCAUCGUGAUGGUAUCAUGUCUUUGGAGUGGUCUACUUCAAGUGAGUGGAUUUUGAUGAGCGGUGGUUGUGAUGGAGCAAUACGAUUUUGGGACAUAAGACGAGCUGGAUGCUUUCUUGUUCUUGAUCAGUCACGGUCUCAACUAGGAAGGCGGCCUCCUUUUCUUGAGGGCACCUCAGAUAAGAUAUGUCCUUCCACUCUAGUUGUGCAAAUGAUCAAUGUAUUCAUUUUUAAUUUUGACCAGGAUCCUUUGAACUCUUUACAACCUUCAUCUUCUUCAAAGAUUUACUCUGCACAGCAGAGGACAGGCAAGAGUAAGAAACAGUCACACAAAUUGCACAAAAGUCAAAUCCCUGGACAUGGACAUAUCCAACAGAGAUUGCACCCUGGUUUGUCUUCUAGUCAAAAUUGUGCAACGGCACAUUAUGGUGCUGUUACAGGAUUAAGAACAACUACAGAUGGGAUGUACCUUCUUAGCUCAGGUUCUGAUUCUCGCUUAAGACUUUGGGAUAUUGAUUCAGGCUGCAAUACUUUGGUCAAUUUUGAAGCUAUGCGAUUACAGACUAGCAAACCGCUACAAUUAGCUGUCACUGAGGAUCCAUCACUUGUAUUCAUCCCAUGCAUGGCAAGCAUUAAGGCGUACAAUUUAUGGUCUGGUAUGACAUUUCAAACAUUCCGGGGGCACUAUGAACCUGUUAAUUGCUGCUACUGUAGUGCACAAGAACAAGAGCUUUAUACUGGCAGCAAUGACAUGCAAAUUCUUGUGUGGUCUCCAUCAACUCCAGCGUUUACUGAAAUGGUAUAUUUUCUAUUUCUUGUUAUCAUAUAUCUUUCUGUAGAAUUUUCCUAUAUCCUAUCAAAUUCAAAUUUCUUAGGAGUAGUCGGGCAUAUUAGGAUAUUAUCGCAUAAGCUUUUUUAGGCAUUUGAUUGUUAGCACUUCUAAGCCUCUGCAAGAAGAUGAUGGCAAGAGGCAAACGGAUUUUGUAGUCGAUGACGAUAACUGGAGCGACUGAGAAUUAUUCAUGAGGCAAACGGAUUUUGUAGUCGAUGAGGAUAACUUGAGCGACUAAGAAUUAUGCAUGUAUAGUUGUAUUAUACACUGAACAUUGAGCGACUAAGAAUUAUGCAUGUAUAGUUGUAUUAUACACUGAACAUUGACAUUAGGGAUGUUAACAGGCCACGUUUUUUUUUCUUUUUUUCUUUUUUUAAGGGGAGCCACGUUUAUUACUACUGUACAGUACUUCAUCCUGCAGUUUCACCCGAAAUAUCACUUUGAUAAAGACAGCUAAGUGAAA